AUGGUUUUGGUCUUAAAAAAACCUCGCUGCCUUUCAGCAUUCGUUUCGGUUCGCUUAUGGACAAGACCUAUUUCGCAGCGAGGCUGGAGAGCAUCGUUCGAUGGGGGCAACACAGGGACAUGCCAAGGACUCCCCCUGGAGACCGUGACACAGAUCUGCAGAAGCCAUAACUGCCUGUUACGAAAGAGCUUUAAAGUCCACAUAAAAGUAACACUGAAGUCCCAGCCUUCGGGGCGCAGAAGCCUUGCCCAGCAGGCCCUCCUGCCGGUUCGCUGCCUGUCCGCUCCGCCUGAGGCAGUGCUGGGGAGACCUGAGGUGCCCUGGCCCUCCUGCUGCCGUGGCCUGGAAGCGGCUGAGGGCUCGGCUUCUCCCUCCUGCGAAAAGAGGCUCGCCCUGGGAGCAGUGCGGCUGCUGCCGGCCCAGGCCUCCGUCUGGAGACUUUCCUGCGGAGCAGGGCGGCAGAGGCCUAGAACGCGUACCUGUGCAUUAGCAAGUUGUGCUUUUGGGAGAGUAAGCAAGGCUCCUGCUGAGUGCGCUUCAGUGCUAAGGAAGCAUUAUAUUCUUCCUUCAGAUACCUUCUUAGCAAAGGGCUCUGCUACUCUGGACAAACUGAAGGACCUCUGUAACGAAGGGAAAGAACAUCCUUCCGCGCUUUUGCAGCUCUAUACGCAGGCUGUCUUAGACAUUACAUAUUUUGAGGAAAACCAGCUUGUGGAUGAAGAUUUCCCAGAAGAAUCUUCCUUGCAAAAAGUUAAAGAACUUACUUGUAUUCUUUCAGAACCAGAAGACCUAGUGAGGGAAUGCAAUGUAAAUGAAGAACCCAUCAACAUCCUUGGUGCAGAGUUGUUAGAAUGUCUUUACUGGAGAAAAGGAGCCCUGCUUUACAUGUAUUGUCAUACAGCAAAAGAAAGGAGUGAAUGGCUACAAGAAAACAUUGCCAUAUUUAAAAAGUGUCUUAAUGAUGGAGUUCAUUACUUGAUGAAGAUGCUUAGCUUUAGAUGCCCUCUUCAGCUAAAUGAAGAUGUCUCACUUCAAGAUAAAGACACAGCUAGAUUACUCAGUGAAGGUGUAUUUAGUGACACUCACUUACUGGCGAUGAUGUACAGUGGAGAAAUGUGCUACUGGGGACUGCGUCACUGUGGAGAAGGGAAGCAGGAAAGCCUCGAGACGACAGAUUCCGCCUCUAACCGUGACCUGGGCCGCAGAUCACAGAGCGUGUUGCUGGAUUUCCGAGAAAUGGGCAAAACCAUGUUAACGAAGUAUGUGGCUGUAUGUGAGGGACCUUUAAAAGGCCAAGGGUGGAACACAACGACUGCAACACAAAUGUUGCGUUACUUCGUGACAUCCCACAACUAAAAUACGCCGCUUUGGCUGUGCUGGAAGAAACCUCGUCCCCGACGAGAACGCUUAGGGAGGUGGUCUCUGCUUCAGUGUCUGACCGUUCUUCUUACCAAAAUGUAUGCUUUUGUUGCAUUAAAAACGUGCAUUCAAAGAACUCCUGGAACACAGGUCGGAAGCCUAAUCAAGUAUUUCUAGUU